AUGGCUGGCAACAUUUCCCUCAGCAGACGGGACAUUGAUGUCCUCGGCAAGAUCCGCGACCCCGAAUCCAACCCAGAGAGUGGGCUUCGCCUCGAUGCCUCGCUGCCCAAGGACCCGCACAUCACCGAUGCCGUCGAGUACGACGCCAAGACGCUGCCCGACCCCGUCGAGGCCUACCGGGCAUGUGUUGCUCGCCUGGGCAGGCUUGUCGAAGAGCACCCUCGGUAUGCCAGUGCGCGCAACAACCGCGCCCAGGCGCUGCGUCGCCUCUACGGCGACGACAUGCUUCUGGAGCCCAUCGUUGAUGGACCGGUGCUUGGCGCCCCGCGCCCGCAACGAGGCGUCGAGGCGAUUCUGAGCGGCCCUGCGGCCGACGCGACGGAGCGUGCAGAGGCGGCCGCCACCGUGCUCUCCGACCUCGACCGGGCCAUUGCCUUGUUGAUGCCCGCGCCCGCCAGUCUCGCAUCCGCCGCGCUCUCGCCGACCGCCGCCAAGACCCUCUCCCUCGCCUUCACCCAGCGCGCCGCCAUCUACUAUGCCACAUCCAAGCAGCUUGCUUCCAACAGCAGGCGCUGCAAUGCCGCGGUCGACCGGCCUGAGGCGCGCUGGUCCGAGAUGGACUUUGAGGAGGCGGCAUCGCGCGAUUUUGCCAUGGGCGGCCGCUUCGGUAACGAGAUUGCCCGUGGCCUGGCCGUGGGUACGAACCCGACUGCCAAGUUGUGCGGCCAGAUGGUACAGCAGAUGAUGAAGGGCGAGUACGGCGCCGACAACGGAAGCGGCUCGAAAGUCUGA